AUGCAUGGCUUAUUCGUCCCGAAGCACAUCCAGUCCAAUCCGGACUUGCGGCGCCCCGUGGCUGAUGAAGAGAUUGGCCUCGAGGCUUUGGAGCCCUACCAGGAUCAACUCGAUCACCAGAUAUGGUCAGCGCCAAAGAUGUCAGUUCGAGCCCCUUGGCCUGAGAUGGCGACAACCUACGCGUGCCUUCGUCCAGGUAUGACGUGGUCCUGUGGUACACAGACGUCCCAAGAGCCCGAAGCCGUUCCAUCUACCGCUCAUGACAGGAAUAUCCUGGACGCCACGAAACACUACAAGGCCUUCAUCAAGAAGAUACGACAGAGACAGAAUGCUGGGCUCAUUGACAAGUCUGUGACACUUGGCCCGGACGGCCGUCUCACUUGGCCUGGUUUGGGUAACGAGGCUGGCACACUGCGCAAACUACCUGACAAGAUCAAUAUUCAACGUCUCAUUGCCGAGUACGACGGCGCCGAUGCUGAUCGCAUGCCUGAGAGCGAUCGUCGUGUUCUUCAUAGGCUUUUUGAAGCAGAUCUAGCUGACGGAAAACAUGUGGCCAAAUGUGCCCGAAAACUCAAAUCUCUCAUCAAUAUCGACGACGUCGAACUGGGCGAAACCCAGGUGCGAGAAGCCUUCGAACAAUGUCUUGGUCCGAUGUUGUUUGAGAAGACACGGAUCGGGGAUAAAGUGGCGUCCGCUUAG